CUCUCCGUUGUAAAAGUUAGGUUUUUGAUUGGCUGUUGUGGCGGAGGAGAAGGAGAGGAAAAGAGAGGGAAAGUACAAGUAUAGCAUAAUCGUUCUUACGUACAACGAGCGCCUCAAUAUCGCUCUUAUAGUCUACCUCAUUUUCAAGCAUCUCCGUUUUUGAAUGGUGUUUAGGGAUGUUGAUUUUGAGAUAAUUGUUGUGGAUGAUGGGAGUCAUGAUGGCACUCAAGAAAUUGUCAAGCAACUGCAGGACUUGUAUGGUGAAGGCCGCAUUAGCUAGAGCCAAGAAGCUUGGUUUGGGAACUGCAUACAUACAUGGUUUGAAGCAUGCUACAGGUGAUUUCGUUGUAAUCAUGGAUGCUGAUCUUUCACAUCAUCCAAAGUAUUUGCCAAGUUUCAUCAAGAAACGACUAGAGAAAAAUGCAAGUAUAGUAACAUGUACGCGAUAUGUAAAAGGUGGUGGUGUACACAGGUGGAACCUUAUGCGGAAGCUCACUAGCAGAAGAGCAAAUGUGCUAGCUCAAACACUUUUAUGGCCUGAUGUAUCUGAUUUAACCAGGCUAUACAAGAAAUCGGUGCUUGAAGACAUGAUUAGCUCAUGUGUGAGUAAAUGUUGUGUCUUCCAGAUGGAAAUGAUCGUUCGUGCUACCAGAAAAGGAUACCAUAUUGAAGAGGUACCAAUCACAUUUGUGGAUAGAGUCUUUGGAACUUCGAAGCUGGAAGGAUCCGAAAUAGUGGAAUAUCUAAAAGGACUCGUCUACCUUCUUCUCACGACUUAAAGGAACGAGACUAAACACAGCCCAACAACACAUGAAUCUCUAUUUAUACUCUCGUUUACUUAACACUUGAACUCUGAACAUGUCUUUAAGAAACUUCAGUUCACCUUUGAGUUUUGCAUCUGUCAAAGACUCAAAAAGGUUCAUACUAUCUUAAAAGUUGUUUUUUCUUCUUCUAAA